CUGGAAUCAAUCACGACGUCCGCUCUCGCAAGCACUGCCUAUUCCUGUUCCAUGCAAAUCACAGCCUCUUCUAUUCUCCGAGCUGACCUGCAUCUGUCCUUGCCUGCAUCUGGUAGCUUCGUCUCCGCCGCUUAUACACAUGGUGUUCCCUGGAAGGCUUAGCACCGGCUGCUAUGUAUGCCGGAGGCGUAAAGUUAAGUGUGAUGGGGCUCGACCAGCAUGCCGUCGCUGUGUCACACAGGGAAGGCAGUGCACGGGUUAUCCAGAUGCCUUCGCCUUUCGUGAAUACAAAGCCACGAAAGGACCUCAAACAGGCAAGGCAGUAGCCAGGAAACGAGGCAAAAAGACGGCAGACGGUGAACAGCCCUCGAGUGGUUCAGCAUCACCGUCUGCAGCAGUAUCAGACCAGGAUGGAACUGACACACGUCUGAUUGCCAUUAAAUCCCCAUCUACACCACCUAGCCCUCCUGCUGCGAUAACUCCAUGUCUGGAGUGGCAGUCGCUUUGUUAUUUCUUUCACCAGCAUGUUCUGCCCACAGAAAAGUCUCCGUGUGAAGGUCAUCUUGCGUUUCUUCCUGAGCUAUAUCAAGAGAAAGGGAACGACCCUUCCCUGAGACAUGCUAUCCUUAGCGUAUCCUACCUCUCGUUAUUCAACACCGCUCGCGUGAAUGAGCUUUAUGUGAAUGCUAGGAAGCACUAUGGCGUGGCCUUGAAAUCUCUCACAGCGUCACUCAGCAACAAGGAGACCUCGACUCAAGACGAGACGUUUGCAGCUGCACUUUUCCUGAGUAUGUUCAUGGACCUAAGCGGCGAGAGACAGGGGGCAGUAAAUCCUCACAUCCCUGGAAUCUGCUCCCUAAUGCAUCUUCGGGGCAGGCCGCAGCGCAGUAGCAAAUAUGCCCGCAAGCUGUUCGGUUGGGCAUUCACUCAAAUACAAAUACAAGCGGUAGCCAAUAAUCAGUUUGCGUAUGCCUGCUUGCCAGCGUCUAUCAACAUGGCGUACAAUCCCGACUACGUGCUACGCUCGGGCAUUAUCACCAGUAUGAUCUCCGGGUUCUGUCAGGGGGCCAGCGAGUUCCGAAGAACCGAACACAACUAUCCACCCACCGCCAGGGCCCGGUUACUGCAUUCCCUGCUAGGACGGGCGUACUUCAUUAUGGAGCAAAUCAGCAUCUGGGACGAAGCAGUCCCUCAGCAUUGGAAACGACAAUUCGCCACGCCGGCUAUGGGCCAUUUGAAUCAUGCAGAGCAGGCUGCUUCACGAGAUCCAUGGACCCCCUGCUUUUUGGCCGUUGUCCAGGCCGCCCAAAUCCUCUAUUUCAUCCACGUGUUCGAGUGCUGGGAGAAGUUCGUUCCACUCGCAUCUGCGAUAAAGGAUGAGCAUCUUGAAAAUUUCCCUGUAGAAACAUUCAGCGGGAUAGACGAUCGGAUCAGGGGCCUGAUAGACGUGAUUUGCAACACUGUGACUUGCACGUUAGGACAUAUCACCCCGAAGCAUGAAUUCCAGCUGCACCCCAACAGCAAGCUGGCGAAUGGAUACACGCUUCUAUGGCCGAUGUGGGUGGUUGUAAAUUCUGGACUUGCGACACCAGAUCAAUUGGACCUCUGCCGGCUUGCUCUCGAGUGUGUUGGUUCCACCAUGGGUUACCGGCUGGCCUCUGUCCUGUGCGCGGAUGGUAGACCGGAAGAACCUCGUUCGAGCAUACUUGAGCAAUCCCCAAUGACUCGCAGCCUCACCGUUGUACAAUAAGCUGCACCUUAUGAACAUUUCAUGCCGUGUUAUGAGACGCGAUGACCAUUGUGACUUUAUACCCUCCAGGCGAAAGCAGUUCCAGUGACUGUAUGCCUCACCUUAUUUCCAUGUCGCAUUUCCUGUUAGAGCUGAAUACCUUCUGACGAAUUAAUAUUUCCGUUACCUCUUUAUUGAUGGAAAUGGCCAUUUUCUUACCUG